CGUCAUUCAAACAAACGUCACAAAAUUUGAUGUUAAAUAAACGUCAAUUUCGUUUUAAUGUAAAUCAAGAAUACUUUGUUAAUUGAAAAUUAGAUUAGUUACUAUUUGCGGUCAUGAACUCCAUUAUACGAUUGUUCUGAUAAAAAUCGAGAGUUUAGCGUUUAUUCUUAGGUUACUUUCUAGUGAUUUUAGAUAGAAAAAAUGGGACUUUUCGGUACCACCACAGAUACUGCAAUCAUAGAAGAAGUCGACUUCGCGACGAGCGAGAAAAAUGUCGAGGAAGAUUGGGGACAGAUAAUGAACAUUUGCGACAAAGCUGGCAAGUCGAGUGACGAUGCAAAACAAUAUCUCAGGGCUAUUAUCAAACGAUUGAACCACACGGAUCCUCACGUCGGUGUAAAAGCUGUAACUUUGCUGGACGCUUGUGUGAAAAAUUCCGGUAAAACGUUUCACAUCGAAGUGGCUUCGAGGGACUUUGAGACCGAUUACACGAAGUUGGUGAACAAGGCGCACCCGACGGUAGCGAAGAAAUUGAGGGAGUCCCUUCGCAAAUGGGCGGAGAACGAGUUUAAAUCCGACUCGCAACUCAGCCUGAUUCCUACGCUUUUGAACAAAUUAAAGGGCGGCGGAAUGGAUUUCUCCCUUCCCGAAACGCCGGCCAAAAAGCCAACGGCCCUCAGCAAGGACCCGAACGUAGUGGAGACCCAAGAAGAAGAAGAACAAAUACUCAAAGCCAUCGAAUUGUCGCUGAAGGAAACGGGAUCGCCCCGAUCAGCGAUCACCGCUAGCCAUUCGACGACGCACGCGCCGUCGCUCUAUCCGUCGAUUACCAGCGUCGCGACGGCGGCGACGGCGGCGGCCACGUCCGCCCUGCCGGCGAAGGAGCCGCGAAAGGUGCGGGCUUUGUACGAUUUCGAAGCGGCCGAAGAUAACGAAUUGACAUUUACCAGCGGUGAAAUUAUUGUUGUUACCGACGAUUCCGAUCCGAAUUGGUGGAAAGGGAGCAAUCACAGAGGAGAAGGUUUGUUCCCGGCGAAUUUCGUGACGGCCGAUUUGUCCGUAGAACCCGAGAAAUUUCUGUUCGAAAAAGCGAAGAAAAUGGUCCAAUUCAAAGACACUACCGAAGUCAAUGUGGAGAAAGAAGAGCCGGAAGAGGUCGAAAUAGAUGAAAACAAGAUCGAUAGAUUGUUGCAUUUAUUACACGAAGCCGAUCCGACUAAUCCGGAAAAAGACACCGAGGAAAUGUUGAAUCUUGAAGGCGAAGUGAACGCCAUGGGGCCAUUGAUAGACAGCGAACUCGAAAAAGUCGAUAGGAAACACGCCCAAUUGACUCAGCUGAGCGCCGAUUUGGUCGAAGCUUUGGGUCUCUAUCACACUCUAAUGAGAGAACCCUCGUUCCCCGCAUUGGGUAAAAUGUCGUACGGAUUCCCCCCCAACGCAAUACCUUUCAGCGGCGGUUUACCGCCGAAUUCUCACAUGAUGAUGCAAGUACCGCCGGGCAUGCCGCCCGAUAGAGCCGGUCAAUAUCUACCGCCGCCGUCGAACAACGGAUCGGGCAUGCCGCCGCCGCCCCAUUACCACCUAUCGCCGCAAAUCAGCAACCAACAAUUGCCGCCCUCGCAAAUGCAGCAAAUGAUGCCGCCCAACGCUCAAAUGGCGUUGCAAAUGGCUAACCAGCAACAACAGCAACAGCAGCAGCAGCAGCAACAACAGCAGCAAAUUGCGGAAGAUAGGAGAGUCGAUCCAUCGAUGAUGAUGUACCCGGGGGUAGGAAAUUACGGCCCGCCGAGUAGCUUACCACCGACCGGUCAGAAUUUCCCGCCGGGGAUUCCCUCGCAAACGAACAUUCAAAACGGGCCCCAGCAGUUACCCGGUAUUCAUUACGUUACGUCCAGUACGCAUAUGACCCACUGAUUUAGCGAUUUGGUGAUGUUAUCAAUUAAUCAACCAAAAAAAAUUGUGCAAGGUCGCUGGCUCGAUUGGCGUCCGACGAGAAUUAUCGCGCGGCGUUAAUCGGGUUCGCUUCCACAGACUUGAAGAUUAUAAUAAAAAAAGUAACAAUGUGAUGUAUUAUAGUUUUGAACCUAUUAAUGUGUAUAGAUUCUUUUAAAUAUUCCGCUAAAUAUAUAUGUUAUCGUUUACAGUUUUAAGUAUGUUUAGUAUUUGUUUCCAGUUUUGGAAAAGCGAAAACUAGUCAAACGACUGAGAGAUGUAGGUAGCUUCUGACAAAAAAGUACCUGGAAAUUCUGAUUUCAAUUACC